GCCCUCUGCCGUCAGUUGAAACGAGAUCCUUCCAAAACAUUUUCGUGGUUGUGCAAAAGCCACACAAAAGUGCAUUAUUCCACAAUUUCUAUUGUUCAUUCUGUGCAGUGGUGCUCAAAACAAUCUAUAAAACGUGGUCGGGUGUGAAUAUUCUCAUCGUGAUUUAUAAUACCUAUAAUAUUGAACCGAGUUUUGACAGAGAUUGUCUAGCAUAGCUUUUAUUGAUUUUUGCACCCCGAAGCUCGCAGAAUGUCCAGUUUCAAGCCCAUCGAUGGAUCGAAGGAGGAUUUCCGUAAGUACCUGGACCGGAAAGGAGUGCUGGAUGCAAUAACGAAAGUUCUGAUCAAAUGCAACUCGGAUCGGCCGGAGAACGCCAUUGAAUACUUGCUGGACAAUUUGGGCGAACGGCUCAAGGACAAGGAUACUAUUGCGCGGCUGGAGAAUGAGCUGAACGAUGCCAGGAACGAGAUUGAGAUGCUGAAACGAGAAAUGAAUGCACUAAAACUGGCGAAUGCUUCGCCACCCAGCGCAGAUGGAACCGGUCCUUUGGCAGCAGAAUCCGUCCAGGCGGCUGAGAACUGUGCGAACCACUCGGAGAAUCCGUCCAGUAAGGUUGAGCCGGUUAAGGAGACGGCCACUGAAGACCGAGUGGUGACAACAGUGACCAAAACUUCCGACGGUACGGAGCCCUCGGGCAAUCCGAAAGAGUCUGUGCAGCAGUAAGAUGGUUUGGUCCUAAGUGGAUUAUAUUUUUCAUUUUUAUUUCCUCCUUGCUCAUGUAAUGCAUUAAAUGCUAUAAAGUUAUAGGCAAUUCUACCUAUUUUCAACCCAACGUCGAAAUUGUGAAUUCUUAAUGCAAGUUUUUGCUCCCACAUGUUGUCUGUAGACGUCCGGGAGUUUCUCCAGUACUUUAGCCCAACAAUUUUGCAACAUUUUCUCCUAGGUUUUUUUUUUUAUUGCCUAGUUCCCCAGGAUUUUUUUUUGUCAGAAGUUUAUUCGAUAAGUCCUGCUGGAAAUGCUGUUGGAAAACCUUCUGGGAUACCGAACUAAUAAUCUUCAAAUAUUUCCCCAGUUCUUUUGGGAUUACAUUUCGUAUAGGAUUCUCUUAGAACUCACUAAGACUUAUUUUUGUAGAGAUUCCUUUAUGAUUGUUUUUGGGAUUCUUUCAUGUAAUCUCUAAGAAUGCCUCCAGAAAAUCUAUUAGGAUUCAUCACUGGGUACCUACUGGGAUUCCUCUAGAUAAUCUUUUACCAUUCUUAUCUCUUAUUCUUAUCUUUGAGAUGCCAUAUUUCUUCUAGAAUUUCUCCAGUUGUUUCUAGGACAAUUUUCUCGGGAAUUUCACCUAAUGUUCCGCUACGAGUAUCGUCUGAAAUUCAUUUUUUGAUUCCUGUAAGAAUUUCUUCUAAAAUUCCUUUAGGUAAUCUUAGAGAAUUCUUCCAUGUGAUCUCUAAUAAUUGCUCGGAAACGUCUUGUAGAAUAUAUCGAUGAGCUCUUUCUGAAAUUCUACUUCGAAGCAUGUUCCUUAGAUUGCUGUAGAUAAAUCUAGUAAGUUUUUCACUCUUUUUAGAAUUCUUCAACGAUGCUCUUCUUGAAUUUGUUGAGAUAAUUCCUUGAAAUUUCUGAGAAAGUCGUUUGAAAUACUUAAAGAAGGAUUUUCGCCGAAAUUAUUAAAAAAAAACCUGGGGAUUUUCUACAUGUUCUUUCGGUAUUUCCAUCAGAAGUUCCACCCAGAAUUGCUCCAAAACUAUUCUUAGGUUUCCCCAAGGGAGUUUUUCUGGGAUUGUUCGAAGAAUGUUUGGGAAUCAUUGGGAUUAUACUUGGUUGUUUCUUGGAAUUCAAUACAAUAUUUUUGUUUGAGUCUCUAAAAGAUUUCCUGACUUUUGGUAUUUCUCCAGAAGUUCUUUCUGGGAUUUCCUCAGGUGUUACUUCUCGUAUUAAAUUAUUCUUGGAGUUUCUGCCAGGAUUCUCCAAAAGUUCCACCAGCAAUUUUAAUUCCUUAAGAAGUUCGAUCCGGCUUUUACCCAGGAAAUUCCUCCAGGAGUUUCUUCUGAGAUUCACCCAGAUGAUCCUUCCUAAUUUCCUCCAUGAGUUCCUUCGUGGUUUUCUUUAGAAAUAAGUUUCUAUGGUUUUUCUGCAAUCCCUCCAGAAAUUCAUUUUGAGAUUCAUCAAGCAUCUCAGAUCAAGCAGUUCUUUCUCGGAUUCCUCCCGAAGUUAUUCCUGAGUUUUGUCCAUAAUUUUCUAAAAUUUAUCAGGGAUAGCUUCUGAUUUUUUUUUCCAGAAAAUGCUUUUGGAAUUCGCCUAUUAAUUUAUCAAGAAGUUCCUUCUAAGAUUUCUCCAGAAGCUCCUUCUGAGAAUCUUCCGGGAGUUCGUUGUGGGAAUCCUGAAAUUCGUCGUGGAAAUCCUGCGGAAAACAUUUUUAAAUCAAAUCCCUAGACUAAUCCCAAGAACUUUUUUUUUUUUGAUUCCUUAUUAAAAUUAAUUUCAAAGAGAUUUUUUGAUAUCUUUGACAUCUGGGCAACUGCUUGACCGCCAAGUGAAAGGCGAUUCAACAAAUCGCUCGCAUACAAACUUAAAAAAAAAUAAUUUUCAAAGGUUCCCGGUCCCCAAAAUUGAUGAAAGUUGGCGUGCAGAUCCAGAACAUGGAGUGAUGGGAUUAUUCUUGGAAUUACCUCAGAACUACUAAAGAAGCCAACUGUGUCUCCAGCAACUGUGUACCACCCACGGCAUUUCUACCAGAAUUCUGAGAGAAGCAGCUAUCGUUUCCUGGAGAAUUUACAUAAUAUUUCUGUUCUUUAUCUGAGUAUUAGUAACAAUACGUGAAAUAGGCUAAAACGAGUUUUUUCCGCUGUCCCAGAUGAAGUAGAAAGUUUACGGAAUUCGUUGAGAAAAACUCCUGGAGGAUUAAUUGGUGCUCAUUAAAAUAUUCCUGUGAAAUUUUCGUAAAAACUGAGGAAAUUCCCGUUAUUCUUUUAAAAAAUAUAACGACAAUGAUUUUUCAUAAGGGCCUAACUGACUUGAUCGAUUUCUCUUCGUCGACUCUCUCUUUCGCUAAUAACUUGAUCAAAACAAACAAAAUCAUUAUACGUUUUGUUUCUAUAGCAAGAUACAGUAGUCUUCUUCGCAUUUCAACCAAAAAAUCUUUGGAAAACUCAAUACACAUUCUGUAAUAACACAAAGAGAGAAUCGAUGAAGAGAACUCGAAAAUGUCAGUUAGGCCCUAAUGAAAAAUCAGUGUCGAUAAGCAAAUGUUAAACCAAUUGCCUGGUGGAGCUACCUGGAGAAACGCAUGCAGCAUUCUGAAAUACCUUACUAAGCUUUUAGAUGUAUUUCAAAAGGAAUAACUGGAUCUGGAUUAUUUUAAGGCAGAGUAUCGAAUCUGGUUAGAAACUUCUUAAAAUAUGUGGACCGAAACGGGUCUACCCUGUGUGGCAUAUCGUUCUGUGUUCCACUUUGUAUGGUUACUUUGCAGUUAGAUGUCCGGACAAUACCAAUUAAAGAAACCCAAAUAAAUAAGGGAUUAAAAACUUCUAAUUUUCAUCCGUCUACAAGGCUCCUGCGAAAUGUAGUGUAGCUGCACUUUGCAUACAGUCCAGUGGACAUGCAUGCAGAAAAAAAACCAUAUCACGUUUGCUGAAAAUGGUUUUAAAGUUCAUUUAAACUUUACUCUAUCGUGUGAAAUCAAACGCAUCUAGAAUAAAUAUAUUAAAACAGUCAAGUACAACUGAGUUGCAUGUGUUUAUAGAUAAGUGUGAAGAAAAUAAUUGCAUUCCUUCGUCGUAUAAUACACACGUUUAAGUUAUGGUAUCUUCGACUGUUUAGAGAAAACGUAUUACGUAAACCGUAGUCUACAUACUUAUAUACCUAGUCUAGUCAAAAAUAAAAAAUAAACGUUUAAAUACAGAACGAGCUAUUGAA